GGAUAGCCUUGCAAAUUCUAAAAAGCAAGAAGGCGGCCGUCAUCAUUCGAGAUCGAAAUAGCAACUUCCAGCAUCUCCACAGAGCGACUUACUUUCUUCUCUCUCUCUCUUUAUCGCCCUCUCCUCAUCUUCCGCAGCCUCUAAACUUUCCGAACAGGUUGCGUAUUUGGGGGAGAAUAAACGAAAAGGUUCCAGCGAAUUAUUUUAGCGCGCAGAAUAGAAUAUAAGUAUGAGUGACGGGGAAGAGUACAGUCCUGUUGAAUCUCCAACACUCGUACCCAUAAGACGAAGGGAUGAUGUAUGGCCACCAAGAACAUCAAGCGUACGAUAUCUUCCAAAAACAGGCUUUUCUCCUACAAUAGUGCGAGAAGGAGGACCAGGUAAAAGAUUCGUAUGGCCACCUCCGAAGCAAGGUCAAGACCAAAUGCAGAACGAUGUAGGUCUUUUAGGUCAUGGCAAAGUAGGAGAAGCCUGGAAUCCAGAUGCCAAUGCCCUAGGAAAUAGACCACCAGCUUUUGCUCCAAGAACAAUGCCAACUAAGCGAUGCAACGACGAUAUAUGGCCACCUAAAGACAGCGAGUACCAAGCAAACAGAAAACCAUCACCACGACCUGUACAGACAGUGGGGCGAUUUGAGGACUAUAUUCGGUGCCGCGCAGGACCAAAUGUUCCCCCUACCUAUAGGACGCCCCCUGGAACACAGCAUAUACUCGUACAACAACUGGAAGGCGAAUAUAUACAUGAAUCUAAAACAACCACUACUGUAAUGUCCAAUAGUACAUCUGUACAACAACAAAGGGUUGUCACUCAACCCCAGCCUGUUGCUAGGAGACCGGUAGAAGAGGAAGAAGAAGAAGAAGAGGAGGAGGAGGAGGAGGAAGAAGAAGAGGAGGAAGAAGAGGAAGAGAGUGAAGAAGAAUAAACAUUCAUUUAAGAGAGGAGGAAAAUUAUUUUUAUUAUUCCAUAUGGAUGUGAUCAAUUAUAUUACUUUUAGCUACGAAAUAUGCAUCGAAUUUCUUUCUGUUUUGGAGAUCUUAAUGAAUAUCGAGUUCAGAAUUUGAAAAGAAAAUGUAAAUUUAUUUUAUUUAAGCAUUAAAACUAACUAGUGAUACAUAAAUAAUUAUAGAAGGAAACUUUUAAGGUAUAAAUUUACCCACAGUGCUGAUUCUUAGAAGAAAAAAAAUUUUGCUCCCAGUUUCUGAAAAUUCUGGCUAUAACAUGCUUGAGAAGCAUGCAGGAGUUACACAAUGUUUACACGUAAACCUGAAACGAUUAACGUUUUUCAAAUGUGAUAUUAUUUAAAUGCAAUUACAAACAAUAAAAAAUAAAAAAAAUUGUUUUUGGAAAGAACAAUUCUUGCUCUUACAGUUAUAUAUAACUGUCCUAUAAACUAUUUCAAAGAAAUAUAAAACAUAAAUUGUUGUAAAUUAAUAAAUAAGAACUGAUUCUGAUUUCGUAAUCAUUAGAGAUCAUUGAAAGUACUAACUCACAAUAGUUUCAUGCUAACGAAAAGUUCAAGACAAUAUCCAACCAGAUGUUAUGAUUGUGCAUUAAGAAUUCUAGUUCUUAUAUGUUUUCGUACGUCCAAUCCUUAUUCCUUAUUCUAUUUCUUUUUUUUUUUUUUUU